AUGUCUCUGUCUCUGAACCUGCAGAACAGCCGGACGGACCCUGAGGAGCUGUUCACCAAGCUGGAGCGUAUUGGGAAGGGCUCCUUCGGCGAGGUGUUCAAGGGCAUAGACAACCGCACCCAGAAUGUGGUGGCCAUCAAGACCAUUGACCUGGAGGAGGCUGAGGAUGAGAUCGAGGACAUCCAGCAGGAGAUCACCGUGCUCAGCCAGUGUGACAGCCCCUACGUAACCAAGUACUACGGCUCCUACCUCAAGGUAACACACACUGCAGUCGUUCCACCUCAAAAAGCACAAGAAAGAGGAUUGACACCCACCAUCUCAGAUUGUUCUGAAAUCGUUUCUGUAGUUAGAAACAAGAUGAGCAUUCCUGAAAGAUUUGGUUGAAAUAUAAUCUGAGAAAUUAAGCAAAUAGAUUGCACCCAAAUUGGCCAUUUCUAAAUAUAGUACCUUACAUCCGAUUUGGAUCAUAAUUUUUCCUAACAAUGAGUAAGACAUGAUGAAUCCAAUAAAAUGAUCAAAAGUCACCCACAGACCCCCAACACCCCAUGCCAAUCCCACCACAACAACCAGUAUAAAGUAUCAGUUCUUUGUCUGACAGGUAGUAUGGAGCUGUGGCUUGGAGUAUUACUUUUUUAUCCUAUGUGUUUUCUGUAAGUAUAUGGAGUAUCCAGCCAAAAAAUAGCCGAAAUACACAGCUAAAUUAUUGAAUACUUUAAUGACUUUACAUCCUAGAUUGGUAAAAUGAGUUGUGGUAUUGAGUAGAAAACACGACUUUACAAUUAAAAUGACUGAAAAUGUAUGAAUUCAGUGUGUUAGUUGUUUUGGAUAUCGUGUGGGCCUAGGCCUAUAUGAUCAGGACUAUCUUCUAAGUAAGAGAAUAUUAAACCUUUUGUUUUACAUUUAACCUGUCUUCUCUUGAGAUUAAAGUCAUAUUUACAGUUUUACCUCAAGAUAUGAAUUGCCACAAUGAUGUUUGUUCUUCAAAUUAUGUAUUUUAUUUGCUCUGCUGCUGUGGACACUUAGGGUAAGGAAACCAAUGUCAUUUUGUAAUUUGGGUGAACUAUCCCUUUAACAGUUUGGCCUAUCAAUCAAUGUGGGUGGGAUUGUCAGGGGAGGGGGCAGGAUGUUUUAGUCACAGAGUUGGUAGGGUUUCAGACCUGUCAAUCAAUCACUGUGAGUGGGACUUUGAGGGAAGGCAGUAGAUUAGUAAUCUACUCAGAAAAAGGAGUCUAGUCUACUCUUUAAAUAUACUUUGUGGCAAAAACAUAAGAAAAAAAAGGUUGUGUUCUGUCAAGUAAACAUGGAUUCCCUGUUGAGAAUCAAUAUAGAAUAGCAUAUUGUAGCACAACAUUUCAGGGGGAGGGAGUAGGGCUGUGGCGGUCAUGACAUUUUGUCAGCUGGUGAUUGUCAAGCAAAAAACUGCCGGUCUCACGGUAAUUGACCGUUAAUUAACAUAAACACAUUUAGCAUCUCCUGGCUUCCACGCAUAGCCUACAAGCCACUGAUGCAGACCUUUGGAACAUCUACAAUUAAAUCCAUGUAAUAAAUCCAUGUAAUAUAGCCUACACCAUCACAAUAAAUCCAUUAUUUAUUUUAGACAGGGCUAAAGAAACAUGAUAUGAAGAAAAUGUAGUCUAUUUCAGAAGAACAGAAUAGCAUACUCUGAGUUGUCCUUAUGUUAGGCCCUGAUCUGGCUAUGCCAUAUGGCUGUGGGCUACAGUAGAUUAUUUAACAGACAAGAUUUGCUUAGAAUUCCAUGGCAUUAUUUUAUAGUAUGAAGAAUACAAUUGAACAUAGCUGAAUAAAAUAGAAAUGCUAUUUUCUCCAAACAAUUUGAGGGAGUGUGCACAUGUAGCUAUUCUGUGUUGAGCGUUUAACAAAGAAACAGGUACUCCUAUAUGCUUAAUUUAGAGUUAUUUAUGUAACUUUAGUUGUGAUACAAAUGUUGGGCUAUAUGUUUAGAUUUUUAAUACAUUCUAAGGCUGCAUGAUGCGACUAAUGAUGAUUUGAAAAAAGUCGCAUGAAAGGCAUGAGCUCUGCUUUGUUUUUUGCGCCGGUUGUACACACUUCAUCAGUCUCUCAUUCACAAUUUGACAAGCACUUGCUAAUGCCUCAAAAUUCCCGGCGGCAUCCCAUUUGUGUAGCCGUAAUGCCCCCUAAUAAAAUCCAUGCCCUUCCCCCGGCUGUGUGCUCCGAAGCACCUCUCACUCACAUGGCUCUCUGUCACGUGAUCGGGUCUUUCUCACAGAGACAUCGGGAACGCAACUGUGCGUGUCCUUAUCCAAUUCCGUGGCGCAUAUUUAAGAUAUGGGAAGAACUGUCCACAUUUUACUUUUCGUCAGCCAACAAGAUGAGUAGGCCUAACGAACAGCAAAAACCUAGCCUAUGUCCAUAUACAAUCCCCCAUAGUACAAAAGUUGACCUAUUCUGUGCAAUAAAUAAAUAUUCCAAACAUAGUCUGGGACAGUUGUGGGAUGCGAUACAUCCCAAAUUAAUACAACCACUAGCAUCAAAAAACAUUUUUUAAGCAAUGAGGCUGACGCAACAAAUCAGAACGUUUUGCUUAAAAUGUUGAUAAACUAUUAGGCUAUUUCUUCACAUUAUUAUAAGCGCAGCAAUACACACGGCAGUAGGCUAUAAGCGCGAAUAUUCCAUUAGCGGGAAAACAGCAUUCUCAAAAGUGACCGCAAAUGCGAUUAUGCAUGUAAUGAAGUUCAUAAUAAAGGUGCAUUUAUUAUGGUGAAAAUGAUCUUCCCCAAACUGAAACUCACGCGCUGCAUAUGUCUGCCAGUUAGGCUCUACAUCUGUUGUAAAGCAGAUUAAUGUGCUUAAUUUUAAGAAGUAAUUUGGCCACUUUAGUUGUGAUACAAACCUCAUCAAAGCAUAUACAGUUGAAGUCUGAAGUUUAAAUACACUUAGGUUGGAGUCAUUAAAACUAGUUUUUCAACCACUCCACACAUUUCUUGUUAACAAACUAUAGUUUUGGCAAGUCGGUUAGGACAUCUACUUUGUAAUUUUUCCAACAAUUGUUUACAGACAGAUUAUUUCACUUAUAAUUCACUGUAUCACAAUUCGAGGGUCAGAUGUUUCCAUACACUAAGUUGACUGUGCCUUUAAACAGCUUGGAAAAUUCCAGAAAAUGAUGUCAUGGCUUUAGAAGCUUCUGAUAAGCUAAUUUACAUAAUUUGAGUCAAUUGGAGGUGUACCUGUGGAUGUAUUUCAAGGCCUACGUUCAAACUCAGUGCCUCUUUGCUUGACAUCAUGGGAAAAUCAAAAGAAACAACCAAGACCUCAGGAAAAAAAAAUGUAGACCUCCACAAGUCUGGUUCAUCCUUGGGAGCAAUUUUCAAACGCCUGAAGGUACCACGUUCAUCUGUACAAACAAUAGUACGCAAGUAUAAACACCAUGGGACCACGCAGCCGUCAUACCGCUCAGGAAGGGGAUGCGUUCUGUCUCCUAGAGAUGAACGUACUUUGGUGCGAAAAGUGCAAAUCAAUCCCAGAACAACAGCAAAGGACCUUGUGAAGAUGCUGGAGGAAACAGGUAGAAAAGUAUCUAUAUCCACAGUAAAACGAGUCCUAUAUCGACAUAACCUGAAAGGCCGCUCAGCAAGGAAGAAGCCUCUGCUCCAAAACCGCCUUAAAAAAGCCAGACUACGGUUUGUAACUGCACAUGGGGACAAAGAUUGUACUUUCUGGAGAAAUGUCCUCUGGUCUGAUGAAACAAAUAUAGAACUGUUUGGCCACAAUGACCAUCGUUAUGUUUGGAGGAAAAAGGGGGAUGCUUGCAAGCCGAAGAACACCAUCCCAACCGUGAAGCACGGGGGUGGCAGCAUCAUGCUGUGGGGGUGCUCUGCUGCAUGAGGGACUGGUGCACUUCACAAAAUAGAUGGCAUCAUGAGGAAGGAAAAUUAUGUGGAUAUAUUGAAGCAACAUCUCAAGAAAUCAGUCAUGAAGUUCAAGUUUGGUCGCAAGUGGGUCUUCCAAAUAGACAAUGACCCCAAGCAUACUUCAAAGGUUGUGGCAAAAUGGCUUAAGGACAACGAAGUCAAGGUAUUGGAGUGGACAUCACAAAGCCCUGACCUCAAUCCUAUAGAACAUUUGUUAGCAGAACUGAAAAAGCGUGUGCGAGCAAGGAGGCCAACGAACCUGACUCAGUUACACCAGCUCUGUCAGGAGGAAUGGGCCAAAAUUCACCCAGCUUAUUGUGGGAAGCUUGUGGAAGGCUACCUGAAACGUUUGACCGAAGUUAAACAAUUUUAAAGGCAAUGCUACCAAAUACUAAUUGAGUGUAUGUAAACUUCUGACCCACUGGGAAUGUGAUGAAAGAAAUAAAAGCUGAAAUAAAUCAUUCGCUCUACUAUUAUUCUGACAUUUCACGUUCUUAAAAUAAAGUGGUGAUCCUAACUGACCUAAGACAGGGAAUUUUUACUAGGAUUAAAUGUCAGGAAUUGUGAAAAACUGAGUUUAAAUGUAUUUGGCUAAGGUGUAUGUAAACUUCCGACUUCAACUGUAGGCCUAUGGGCUAGGCUACAUUAGGUGUGGGACUCUGAUUUUGAAAAAGUCGCAAAAAAGGCAUGCACUGUUUCUUGCCUUACCGCACACAAGCUGGGCAUCAUUCACAAGUGAUAAUAUACAGUGCAUUCGGAAAGUAUUCAGACCCCUUGACCUUUUCCACAUUUUGUUACGUUACAGCCUUAUUCUAAAAUGGAUUAAAUACCUUUUCCCCCUCAUCAAUCUACACACACUACCCCAUAAUGACAAAGCGAAAACUGUUUUUUAGACAUUUUUGCAAAAAAUAAAUACAGAAAUGCCUUAUUUACAUAAGUAUUCAGACCCUUUGCUAUGAGACUCGAAAUUGAGCUCAGGUGCAUCCUGUUUCCAUUGAUCAUCCUUGAGAUGUUUCUGCAACUUGAUUGGAGUCAAAUUCAAUUGAUUGGACAUGAUUUGGAAAGGCACACACCUGUCUAUAUAAGGUCCCACAGUUGACCGUGCCUGUCAGAGCAAAAACCAAGCCAUCAGUUUGACGGAAUUGUCUGUAGAGCUCCGAGACAGGAUUGCUUCGAGGCACAGAUCUGGGGAAGGGUACCAAAUAAUGUCUGCAGCAUUGAAGGUCCCCAAGAACACAGUGGCCUCCAUCAUUCUUAAAUAGAAGAAGUUUGGAACCACCAAGACUCCUCCUAGAGCUGGCCGCCCGGCCAAACUGAGCAAUCGGGGGAGAAGGGCCUUGGUCAGGGAGGUGACCAAGAACCCGAUGGUCACUCUGACAGAGCUCCAGAGUUCCACUGUGGCGAUGGGAGAACCUUCCAGAAGGACAACCAUCUCUGCAGCACUCCACUAAUCAGGCCUUUAUGGUAGAGUGGCCAGACGGAAGCCACUCCCUCAGUAAAAGGCACAUGACAGCCGGUUUGGUGUUUGCCAAAAGGCACCUAAAGGACUCUGACCUUAAGAAACAAGAUUAUCUGGUCUGAUGAAACCAAGAUUGAACAUUUUGGCCUGAAUGCUACAUCAGCAGCAUCAGAGCUUGGAGAAGCCUAAUUACCGUGACUAAACUUUCACGUGGAAUUUGACUGCUGUCAUGACUCGUGACCGCCGGUGUGGCAGUAAUACGGUUACCGUAACAGCCCUAGGAGGGAGUCUAGUCUACUCUUUCAAUUUAAUUUAUUGUGGCAAAAACCUAAGAAAAACUGUUGUUUUCUGUGAAGUAAACAUGGGUUCCCUGUUGAGAAUCAAUAUAGAAUAGCAUAUUGACUCACAAAUAUCAUAUGGGGGGGGGGAAUCACCAGAUUCACAGGGAAUACGUUACAUAGGAUAAAGAAGCAAUACUCCAAGCCCAACUCCAUACUACUUGUCAGUCAUAGAGAACUGAUACUGUAUACUGGUUGUUGGGGUGGGUGGCUUAGACCAUUGUAUUGCAUUCCUCAUAUCUUACUCAUUGGUGGGAAGAAUUUUGGUUUAGAUCAGAUGUUGGGUACUAUAUUUAUUGAAUAUUAUGUGAACCCUAAAAAUUCAAAUGGCCAAUUUGGGUGCAAUCAAUUAACUUAAUUUCUCAGCGAUCAAAUUACUACAUUACUAAAGCUUUGUUUCAAGUUGUGAGUGUAUACAGCUACAAUUCAAAAUGAGGUGUUAAUGUCUGUUCCUUAAACGGUAACGGCUCUGUCCGUACCAUAGAAAUACACAGUGUCACUUAACAGAAGAACCCUCUUUGUUACAAUACCUGUAUUUCUAGAAGAGAGGGAGCUGUGACUCACCCCUGGUUUGCCAGGGCCUUGAAAUGUUUGCUGAGAGCGGUGUGGCGUGAUGAAUGUCAGCUUUUCCAUCUUUCGCUCUGAGUAUGCUCUUGUUCUGCAGCCCACCUUCUCCCUCGUGCCUCAGUCUGGAGCAUAGUGUGAAUAUAUGGGUCAGUUUGGGAGUCUUAUUGGAUGAUAUCCAAUAUGUUAGUGAAGUGGAAAACUCCCAGGCUUCACACGUUGGUACUUGGCAGGGACUUUGUGUAUCUGGGCUUGGGUAGAGGGCAUUGGUGAGGUUGCCACAUACAGUAGGUUCUUUCUAUUUGCACAUAAAAUACAUUCUGCAUGGAAAACAUGUUCACAGCCAUGUGUAGCUCCUAGAUGAGGUUUAAAUUAAAAUCAUCGGAGUGGCUGCGGAUCUGACUUUUCUGGACCCCUAUUCCCGGAAGCUGAAGGUCCCGAAGCUUCUGCGCAUGUGUGGAAUUCUCUACUUAUACACACAGUCUCUGCUUUACUCGUAGAGAACAGGCUACUCUGGCGAAUGGUGCUCAUUUAAUAAAGUUAAAUCAAAUGUUUGCAAGAUCAUAUAACGAUAGUAUUGUACAUAAGAGAACCAAAUAUAAUAGCAUAGUAUAACGUUACUGUAAGACAAAAAACACCACCUCAUGUAUUAUGAGAUUUUAGGAUGAUUGUGCAAAUGGUCUUAUUUUUCUCUCAUGUGGCCACAACUGAACAGCUUAACUAAGAAGAUUUAAAUGCAUAUCCCCAUGAAACUGAUUGGGAUCAAAUGGUUGGCAUGCAGAUGCUGCAUGGACAUUUCACCUGUAAAACUUUAAGAAUGAUAAUGAAUGAUUGACAGUGAGAAAUAUGAAGGGUGGGUGACCACAAAAACGUGUACUUAAGAAGGCUAGAGGUAAAGAAACACGUGCAGAACAUGAUACAGAUCUUUCCGGGGGUGGUUACCUACGGCUCCACAGCCUCGGCCUAAAAUCAUUUCUAAUGGUUCCCUCUUUUCUACCUAUCUGUGUACAGGGCAGUAAGCUAUGGAUCAUUAUGGAGUACCUUGGUGGUGGCUCAGCUCUGGACCUGGUAAGAGUUAGAAUACGAUAUGUGAAUGUUUCUUACAAUGUCUGUUGGUGGGUUUGCGUAUGUGUGUUCACUGUAUAUGUCUUGUGUCUAGCUGCGAGCAGGGCCAUUUGAUGAGUUUCAGAUUGCGACCAUGUUGAAGGAGAUCUUGAAGGGCCUGGACUACCUCCACUCCGAGAGGAAGAUUCACAGGGACAUCAAAGGUGUGUGUAGAAUAUCUUUCACAGAGACGAGCUGCAGUAUUACAGGGUUAAUAUAUCAGGUAGUCAGAGACGAGCUGCAGUAUUACAGGGUUAAUAUAUCAGGUAGUCAGAGACGAGCUGCAGUAUUACAGGGUUAAUAUAUCAGGUAGUCAGAGACGAGCUGCAGUAUUACAGGGUUUAUAUAUCAGGUAGUCAGAGACGAGCUGCAGUAUUACAGGGUUAAUAUAUCAGGUAGUCAGAGACGAGCUGCAGUAUUACAGGGUUAAUAUAUCAGGUAGUCAGAGACGAGCUGCAGUAUUACAGGGUUAAUAUAUCAGGUAGUCAGAGACGAGCUGCAGUAUUACAGGGUUAAUAUAUCAGGUAGUCAGAGACGAGCUGCAGUAUCACAGGGUUAAUAUAUCAGGUAGUCAGAGACGAGCUGCAGUAUUACAGGGUUAAUAUAUCAGGUAGUCAGAGACGAGCUGCAGUAUUACAGGGUUAAUAUAUCAGGUAGUCAGAGACGAGCUGCAGUAUUACAGGGUUAAUAUAUCAGGUAGUCAGAGACGAGCUGCAGUAUUACAGGGUUAAUAUAUCAGGUAGUCAGAGACGAGCUGCAGUAUUACAGGGUUAAUAUAUCAGGUAGUCAGAGACGAGCUGCAGUAUUACAGGGUUAAUAUAUCAGGUAGUCAGAGACGAGCUGCAGUAUUACAGGGUUAAUAUAUCAGGUAGUCAGAGACGAGCUGCAGUAUUACAGGGUUAAUAUAUCAGGUAGUCAGAGACGAGCUGCAGUAUUACAGGGUUAAUAUAUCAGGUAGUCAGAGACGAGCUGCAGUAUUACAGGGUUAAUAUAUCAGGUAGUCAGAGACGAGCUGCAGUAUCACAGGGUUAAUAUAUCAGGUAGUCAGAGACGAGCUGCAGUAUUACAGGGUUAAUAUAUCAGGUAGUCAGAGACGAGCUGCAGUAUUACAGGGUUAAUAUAUCAGGUAGUCAGAGACGAGCUGCAGUAUUACAGGGUUAAUAUAUCAGGUAGUCAGAGACGAGCUGCAGUAUUACAGGGUUAAUAUAUCAGGUAGUCAGAGACGAGCUGCAGUAUUACAGGGUUAAUAUAUCAGGUAGUCAGAGACGAGCUGCAGUAUUACAGGGUUAAUAUAUCAGGUAGUCAGAGACGAGCUGCAGUAUUACAGGGUUAAUAUAUCAGGUAGUCAGAGACGAGCUGCAGUAUUACAGGGUUAAUAUAUCAGGUAGUCUAGCUCUUGUGCCAGUAGUGUGUCAUGUAUUGAUUUCACUCAUUGAUGUUGUCAUCAUGGUUGUGUGUUUGGUUUGGCAGCGGCCAACGUGCUCCUGUCAGAGUGUGGCGAAGUGAAGCUGGCAGACUUUGGCGUGGCGGGCCAGCUGACAGACACCCAGAUCAAACGGGAGACGUUCGUGGGCACGCCCUUCUGGAUGGCCCCUGAGGUUAUCCAACAGUCUGCCUACGACUCCAAGGUUACCAGCUUUCUGUUCUCUUCUGUGUUUAGUGGAGGGCACUUGAGUUGAAGGCUUUUCCUCUUUUUAUGACAUAAACAUGCUGUCAAAUCCCACAAACUUACUUCACAUAAUCCCAGUCCCUCCCUAACACACACUCACCCUCCUCCAGGCUGAUAUCUGGUCUCUGGGCAUCACUGCCAUUGAGCUGGCCAAGGGUGAGCCUCCCAACUCAGACAUGCACCCCAUGCGGGUCCUGUUCCUCAUACCAAAGAACACCCCACCCACCCUCAGCGGAGACUUCUCCAAGACCUUCAAAGAGUUUAUAGACUCCUGCCUCAACAAAGACCCUUCAUUUGUAAGUACAAUGCCUGAGGACUUUGUCUUUAUUUCUCGUUCCAUUACUUGACUAUCUUGCAUUAUUUAAUGGUAGUCCAUAUAGUCGUUGUUGGUUAGCCUGCCUUUAAUUGUGGGCCAAUUUCCCCCUUUUAUAGAGGCCAACAGCUAAGGAGCUUCUGAAGCACAAGUUCAUAGUGAAGAAUGCCAAGAAGACGUCCUUCCUCACUGAGCUGAUAGACAGGUUGAAACGCUGGAAGGCUGAGGGACACAGUGACGGAGACUCCAGCUCUGACGACUCUGACUCGUGAGUAGUGAAGGCUCUAAACAUUGUACCCCUUACUGACAGUUGGUAAAGAUCUGAGACCCUGUCUGAACUACAGUAACAUUAAACCUGUGGAUAAUCCUAUCUGUUGUCUGACUCCAGGGAGUCCAGCAACAAGGAGAAUGACUCGUCCCAGCCAGGCUGGUCCUUUACUACUGUUCGCAAGAAGAAAGACCCUAAGGUGUCCAAUGGAAUGGUGAGUUGGCCUGAGUGGGAGGACCAGGAAGAGAAUGUAACUACAAUGUUAGUUGUGUGAUUAGUGGGCUAAUACAAACAGUUGUGUCUAAUGUUCUCCUCUGCUCUCCAUUUGAUGACAGGACCAAGACCUCCUGAAGAAGUCUGCCAGCUUGACCACACUGAUCGCCCCGGUAUUCACUGAGGUAGGGACUCUACAUCAGCGCUCUUUUAUAACAGUUGUAAAAAGUAGUUAAGUAAUCUAUAUUGUUUUGUCUUUCUGUCUAUCCAUUUCCACCGCUCUUAGCUGAAGCUGCAGCGCAGGGAUGGAGAGAUAAAGGGAGUGAUAGAGGAGCUGGAGAAAAGCCUCCACCUGGCUGAGGACAUCUGCCCUGGAGUCACAGACAAGAUGGUCAACCGGAUCAUCGACAAGUUCCAGAGGUGAGUUCGGGAACAGCAGGGGAGUACGAGGGGAGGGGGGGGGAACUAGAGGUAGUGAUGUAGACUAGAGGAUUGGCUGGGUGGUUGGUAGAAGUAGUGAUGUAGACUAGAGGAUUGGCUGGGUGGUUGGUAGAAGUAGUGAUGUAGUGAUGUAGACUAGAGGAUUGGCUGGGUGGUUGGUAGAAAUAGUGAUGUAGACUAGAGGAUUGGCUGGGUGGUUGGUAGAGGUAGUGAUGUAGACUAGAGGAUUGGCUGGGUGGUUGGUAGAAGUAGUGACGUAGACUAGAGGAUUGGCUGGGUGGUUGGUAGAAGUAGUGAUGUAGACUAGAGGAUUGGCUGGGUGGUUGGUAGAAGUAGUGAUGUAGACUAGAGGAUUGGCUGGGUGGUUGGUAGAAGUAGUGAUGUAGACUAGAGGAUUGGCUGGGUGGUUGGUAGAAGUAGUGACGUAGACUAGAGGAUUGGCUGGGUGGUUGGUAGAAGUAGUGAUGUAGACUAGAGGAUUGGCUGGUAGAAGUAGUGACGUAGACUAGAGGAUUGGCUGGAUGGUUGGUAGAAGUAGUGAUGUAGACUAGAGGAUUGGCUGGGUGGUUGGUAGAAGUAGUGAUGUAGACUAGAGGAUUGGCUGGGUGGUUGGUAGAAGUAGUGACGUAGUGACGUAGACUAGAGGAUUGGCUGGGUGGUUGGUAGAAGUAGUGAUGUAGACUAGAGGAUUGGCUGGGUGGUUGGUAGAAGUAGUGAUGUAGACUAGAAGAUUGGCUGGGUGGUUGGUAGAAGUGGAUUACAUGUUACAAUUUGGAUCAGGUGGCCUUCAACUGUGUUUUUCCUGUGGACUUUCCCAUCAGAUUUUCUGUGAGUUAGUGGCAUGUGGAGGGCAGGUUUAGACGCUUGAUGAGGACCACGCCUCCAGAGUGCAUCAUCAGCCUCUAUGCCUUUUCCAUCAUCCCCCCAUUCCUUUUCCCAUCAUCCUCCAUGCCUCUCCUCUGAUCAGCUCCCCCAGGACCAUUGGAUGCAGGGAAAGAGGGAGGACUCCUGCUGUGCACACUCACUGAUCUUAUAACCAAAAAAGGAUUUUUUUUUAAAUGUAUAUUUGUUGAAAUAUGUUUAUGCUAUUUUAUUUAACCCCUUUUAAAAGUAGGCUCAAGCUGGUGCCCAAAGCAGAGCGUGUUACUGUUAUAGUAGCCAAUAGUAUUUUAGUUUAGUAAUAUUUUAAGUUUUUUUUCUUUUCUUUUUUUUUAUAUAAGGAUGUAACAUCAAUCUUCUGCUGAGCAUAAGACAUCUACUUAAGUCGGAUAUUAAGGAUAGUUUACUGCUACUAAAAAUGUUGAAGUAGCUAUAUUUUAGAUGUUCAGUGUACUGCACUUGUUUCUGAUGUCUAGCUUACCAUCUUCAUAAUGUCACUUGUAGCAUUUAGAAACCUGCUGUUUGGAGAACUGCAUAUCUAGUCAAACCACAGGAGUUCAAUACCUCUGCUGAGAGCAGUCCGUGGGUGGGGAAAGGCUCAGACCAGUGAAUGUCCAUAGAAUGGAAACUUCUGUUCGGUGAUAAUUGGAAAGGGGUCGCUUGUUUGGGCAUUAGGAAAGAUUGUACAGGAAAUGGGAGGACUUUGCUGCGCAAAAGAUGUAUCAUGCUCUCUCAUUCCAAAAGAUACAAAUCAUAUCUAUCUUAUGGGAUCUUAGCUCUAUAAGGGCAAUCCCAUUGGAGCCUUUGGAGAUCCACUUCUGAAGGAAAUAUGCACUGCACACACUUUGACGGGGGUGGAGCUUUUUCUAAAUAUGCUUGCUAGUUAUUUCCCUACUUAGACUAGAUCUCAAGGGAGAUGGGGUACUUUUCUGUCUUAAAGACACUAUGCUCUCCCUCUACCAAAAAUACUUGACAAGUGCGCAAGUGAAAUGGCAAUGUCGGUAUUGUGGACGUGUAAUGUUUGAAACAUUGGUCUGAGUCCUUGAGGACUCUACGUGGAGUCACGUCUCUUUGAACAAAUCCCAAAUAAAGAUUUUCUUGAAUUUUAUCAGCCAAGCUCAGACACCUACAAAAGGGUGCCAUCUUUGGUGUGGUGGUGACAGAGCCCCUUUUGGAAGGGAGGAAGUAUGCCAACUAA